AUGGACAAAGUCAAGGAGGUGCUGCAUCUCGGCAGCAGCACCAAGGAUGUGCAGGAGCCAUCGCCGGAACAAGUGUCGGAAUUGAGGGCCAAAUAUACCAGCGCCGGUCAGAGCCAGGUGCUCACCUUCUACGACGAGCUGCCCGCCGCCGAAAAGGCCACUCUCUUCAAGCAGCUCUCCCUCUUCGACCCCCUCUACAUCAACACCAUCACCGCCAAGGCCCUCGCCCCGCCAAAGAAGGAAGACGAGACCGAUGACGAUGGCGCCUCGGCCAAGCCCUCCCUCGAGCCGCUCCCCGAGUCCGCCACGGCCAGCAUCCUCGACUCCAAGCCCGAGGACAUCGACAAGUGGUACGCCGCCGGGCUCGACCUGAUCGCCGCGAACAAGGUGGCCGUGGUUCUCAUGGCCGGCGGGCAGGGCACGCGCCUCGGCAGCUCGGCGCCCAAGGGCUGCUACGACAUCGGCCUGCCGUCUGCCAAGUCGCUGUUCCAGAUCCAGGCCGAGCGCAUCCGCAAGGUCGAGAAGCUCGCCGCCAGCAAGGCCGGCGUCGCCAGCACUGCCGUCACCGUCCCCUGGUACGUCAUGACGUCGGGCCCCACGCGCCAGCCCACCGAGGACUACUUCAAGACCCACGCCUACUUUGGCCUGGCCCCCGAGAACGUCGUCAUCUUCGAGCAGGGCGUGCUGCCGUGCAUCUCCAACGACGGCAAGAUCCUGCUCGAGGCCAAGGGCAAGGUCGCCGUGGCCCCCGACGGCAACGGCGGCAUCUACAACGCCCUGGUCGAGUCCAAGGUGCUCGACGACAUGAAGACGCGCGGCAUCGAGCACAUCCACGCCUACUGCGUCGACAACUGCUUGGUGCGCGUCGCCGACCCCGUCUUCCUGGGCUUCGCCGCCGAGCUCGACGUCGACAUCGCCACAAAGGUGGUGCGCAAGCGCAACGCCACCGAGAGCGUCGGCCUGAUCCUGCUCAAGAACGGCCGGCCCGACGUGGUCGAGUACAGCGAGAUCGACAAGGAGACGGCCGAGGCCCAGGACCCCAGGCAGCACGGCGUGCUGCGGUUCCGCGCCGCCAACAUCGUCAACCACUACUACUCGUUCCGCUUCCUCGAGACCAUCCCGCGCUGGGCCAAGGACCUGCCCCACCACGUCGCGCGCAAGAAGAUACCCUACGCCGACCUAGCCACGGGCGACGCCGUCAAGCCCGACAAGCCCAACGGCAUCAAGCUCGAGCAGUUUGUAUUCGACGUGUUCCCCAUGCUCGACCUCGUCCGCUUCGCCUGCAUGGAGGUGCGCCGCGAAGACGAGUUCAGCCCGCUCAAGAACGCCCGCGGCACCGGCGAGGACGACCCCGACACGAGCAAGCGCGACAUCAUGGCCCAGGGCAAGCGCUGGGUGCAGGCCGCCGGCGCCACCGUCGUCAGCGAGGACCCCCAGUCAGGCAUCGAAGUGAGCCCGCUGAUGAGCUACGGUGGUGAGGGUCUCGAAAAGGUCGCAGGCAAGACCAUCACGGCGCCAGCCGUUAUUGAGUUGGAGCUGUAAUGUUUGCGAAGGCGAUGAGAGAUGAAGUCAAAAUAUCAAGAUAUAUUUCAAGGCGUUAUGCUCCUUUUUCACAAACGGAUAUAGGAUAGGUUUGACGAGCGAGCGCUCUAGUUAGGACAUGAUUCAUACGUAGGGCAUGGUAGGGUUAGGGUAGAGUAGGGCAACAAAACGAGGAGAACGCAGGUGGCAGGCGCCGAGCUGCUCUGCUGCUUAGAUAUUCAAAGUAUAGUUGGAAGAG